AUGGAACUCACUGACGCUCCAAUAUGGAGUUGUUCCUUGGAGCGGAAUGUUGUGUAUGCUGCAACUGCAUCAGCGGAUUGCACUGUGAAGAUUUGGCGUGGAAUAGAACAUGAGGAUGGUCUACCGAAAGUACUAGAAACACAUCAAAACCCUUACAUUGUCCGAGCUUGUGCUUUUUGGGAGACCAUAGCUCUAGAUUUACUAAUUAGAGAUAUCAAUGGACACAUAUCGAUAUUUCGGUUGGGUUAUGAUCAGGCUUCACUGUAUACAAUCCAACCUGUGAAAAAUCAUGAUAAGGUUGCUGGAUCAAUCAGGGCUGUAGGAUGCCUAUCCCCUAAUACUUUUGUGAGCACAUAUAGUAAUAUGACGGGUGUUAGAUUUUGGGAUUCAAGAUGUCUGACUUUUUUGGCUCACAAAUUGGAGACUCGUGCAGCUGUACCCAAUUGUGAAGUGAGUCGAGAUGAAACCAGUAUUACUCUUACUGGUAUCCGUGUUGGUGUGCAAGUUUUGACGCUUGAUAAUAAUCAGUGGACUACGCAACAUUAUCUAAUAAGCUGUAGAACAGCUUCUCUAUACAAGCAUCCACGUUCCGGAAAUAUAAUUGCUGCAAGAGGAGAUGAUGGUUAUGUUCAUUUAUACGAUCAUAAUCAUGUUGAGAUUGAUUCCAAUAAUGUUGCUGAAAGUCAUCCUAUUCAAUGUGUGCGAUUUUCGCCAACAGAGAGAUAUUAUGCAUCGGGACAUAAGGAUCACCAGCCUAAGAUGACGAGAGUGCGAGACGGUUUGUGGUGA